CGGCGCCCGGCAGUCAGUCACUCGCCGGCCGCCGGCUGUAGCAGUCUCUUCCGUCGCGUUCGUGUCCAGUGAGUCUGUGCGAGCCACACGGUGUGGUUGUGUCAGCGUUUGCCGUCCGGUCCGCCGGGAUAACCUGAUAGCUUUCCUCAGCCAACCUUCGACGACGUCGCGUCGGUCGCGUCGCUCAGCCCAGCUCUGCAGCAGCCCGCGCUCUGUUCUGCCACCCUCAUCCCUCAUCAUCUGUGAAGCACCCGCCGUUACCGCCGUGCGAGCGAGCUUGGCCGUGCUGGUAACGACGGACGGAGUGCCGCUUAUGGGCCUCCAGGUGCUCUGCGACGGCGCUCCCCUUAGCGCCGUCUCCACGACAGACCCGUCCACCGGUUUGUCGAACCUCAGGUUCGUGGCGACCAAGGCCGGCCGCAUGACCUUCCGGCUGGAAAACGCAGCGGUGAAACCGGCGCUAAGUUUCCGGCUGCAGCGAGCGGAGAUGGGCGUCGACGACUCAUGGGCGGACCUGACGGCCGACCGCAUUAAAGGGGUCAAUCUUAUUAACCUCAUCAAACCUGGACAGGAUGUUUUGGUGUCACGCGACGAAAGCACUCAACGGGAAAUUCUUUUGGAACCUCUUUGCGACCGAGAUGGACGGCCGGUGACAGAUGCUGUGGCAGCCGAGCGUCGCAUGAAGAGAGACAAAUGGCGUCUUGGCGUUAACCCAGCUCAUCCGGGCAGUAGUGGAAACCGCACUUGUGUUAGCAGCAAAAUGCCUAACCUGCGUCGUGGUGAUUGGGUGCUGUUUGAUUCGGCGGCAGGCAAGGAGGCGCUCUCCAAGGUGUUCAAAGAAGCCAUGGCGGAGCAGCUCUCGGCUGGAGGCUAUCUAAUCAAGACGCUGGCGGGAAAAACUUUUCAAAUUUUCUGCGAGCCGUCGUCUACCAUUGAGACGGUUAAAGACAUCAUUCGGGACGAGGAUGGCGCUCCAAUUGAUCAACAGCGUCUCAUUUACGCCGGAAACCAGCUCGAGGACUGCAGAACUCUAUCCGACUACAACAUUGUACCAGGGUCCGAGCUGCUUCUCGUAUAUCGGCUGCGCGGUGGUGGCUGCCCCACAGAAGAGGACCACAGUGACAGUGCUCCAGGGGACGGUAGUGUGCAGGCCAAGGAGUCGCGCUCGACUUUGCCGGAGUUAGGCGACGCCUGCCCUGUGGGUGCCGCCCCUAUCCCAGUUGUUGGUUCGACCAUCGCCUACGAUCCUACCGUACUGACAGUGGGUCGCAUCAGGCCGGGAAAGAAAUUGGCCCCUCCUUCAUCUCAGAGUGCCAAGUACCACAUACACUCGGACUUAGGAAACUGGUCUCUUCAGUUUGACGUCUUUGUUCUUGGUGAAAGGCCUCCAUCUGCCUAAGAAAAAUCUAUUUUGUUGUUGUUAGAGCGUGCGUCUUUAGCAUCUCUUAGAAUUGUAAAUACAACUCUAAUUAAAAUUGUUUUCUGCUCCACUAAAUGCUCUCAAUGAUCCUGGUUAUCUGAGAGUUUCUCUGUAGGCCU